AUGUCUUUCAAACAUUUAAUUUUUCUUUUGAUCAUCCAACUUAGUUUUUUCAAGUUUUCAAUUACUUCUAAACAUAAAUGUUCCAAUGAAUUUACAUUUAAAAAGGGAGAAACCAAAGGAUUGUGUAAAGAUUCCAAUCAAAUUGAUCAUAGAUGUGUAAGAUCAAGUUGUGGUUAUGAAAAAAAACGUUAUGUUCCUAUAGAUGGUUGUACAUUGUAUGGUACAAAAGCUCCUAAAACUAAUCCAACUCAACAACAAUGUGAACAAUAUCAAUUUCCUUCACUUUAUGAUAAUCAACAAAUUCUUUGUUAUAAUGGAGCUGGUGUUAGUUUUCUUUGUCCUGGUAUACCUGGAAAAUCUCCAUCCUUAGUUUGCUCAACUUGUGAUGAUUGA